CUAUACCCCCUCCAUUCUUUUACUCAUGUAAUUUAAAUGUGGCACCUCUUCCUCUUGCCUUCCCACAAUCUGCUCUGCCAACUCUUGACUGCCAACUUAUUUCCCUUAUACUGGGCUUGAGUGGUAAGUUGCUUAGAAUGGGAGAAUUGGAGAAGUAAGAUUGUGCCCCAGGUCACUGAUGGCAAGUGCUGUCAAGAGUUAGUAGCAGCAAUGAAUACCUUAUCCUAUGUCCCCUAUAUGGGCUUUCAGCCCUCAGGUCUGGUCAAGUGAAAUAAGAUGUAACUGUCCGGCCAGUUGGGUUCUUUAGAUGGAAUGGUAGAGAAGAAGAGUCAAGUUAUCCUCCACCUCAGGUUGAAAAAUGCUGGGAUAGAAAAUGAAAGUGGAAGUUUUUGGAGGUAAGAAGGGCAUAUGCUGAACCCAAGAGUGAAAGCCAUCCUUAAGGAGAAGUCAUCAUUUAUUUCUCUUUCUAUUUCUGCCAGGUCUAUUAUCUCUGAUGGAGAGAUGCCAGACAGCUGGAAUAUAUCUUCAGACAGCCUAGAAGCAAGAGCUAUAAGCAUUAUUGUGCCUGUAGUCUUUUCCCUCAUCUUCCUUGUAGGCACAGUUGGGAAUAGCCUGGUGAUAGCUGUGCUACUACACAAUGGAGAGGUGAAAUAUAACACUACAAACCUGUUCAUCCUCAACCUGGCAGUGGCAGACCUCUUCUUCAUUGUCUUCUGUGUCCCAUUCCAGGCCACCAUCUAUGCUCUGGAUGGAUGGCUCUUUGGUGCCGUUGCCUGCAAAGCUGUGCAUUUCUUCAUUUACCUUACCUUGUAUGCCAGCAGUUUUACCCUGGCAGCUGUUUCUGUGGACAGAUAUUUGGCUAUUUGCUACCCACUGAAAUCUCGGAACCUCCGUACCACUUGCAAUGCAGUCCUUGCUAUUAUCGUGAUUUGGUCCCUCUCCCUGCUUUUUGCAGGACCCUAUCUCAGCUAUUACGAAACUAUUAAUUACCAAGAGACAUUCAUCUGUGCCCCUGUCUGGGAGGAUCAACACCGGAAGAUCUUAGACAUCCUCACUUUUGUGUUUAGUUACAUCCUCCCAAUCUCUGUGGUUAGCCUGGCUUAUGCCAGAACCAUCAAAUUCUUGUGGACUGCUGUAGACCCUUUGGAAGGAAUCUCAGAGUCCCGCAAAGCCAAACGGAGGGUCACCAAGAUGAUUAUUGCAGUGACUGUCCUCUUCGGCUUAUGUUGGUUGCCCCACCAUCUGGUAAUCUUGUAUUUCUGGUUUGGCUAUUUCCACUUUAACCAAACUACCUUUGCCUUACGCCUAGCUUCUCAUUGCUGCUCAUAUGCCAAUUCCUGCCUCAACCCAAUUGUUUAUGCUCUCAUUUCCAAGCACUUCCGCAAGAAGUUCAGGCAAGUCUUCACUUGUGUUCUUGUCUAAGACAAGAACAAGAUGAAGUGAACUGACAAUAAAUCCAUGUGGCCAGUGCUGCUGAUGGUUUCAUCAACCAGACUGCAGAUUUCUUUGGAGAAAACAUAAAAGUAGCAUGGCUUAAUGAGGAAAAUAUGAGCUGUUGCAUGGAUCUGUUGGUAAGAACAUGGGAAGACAUUCUUCCUGAGAAAUGGCUCUAGCAUUUACAAGACAUUAUCAUAUUUGAACAGAAAUUACAAAAGGACCAAGAAAAUUCUGGAACUAUCAACAGUCACCUCAUUGACUGCAACAUGGACACUAGUAAUUUUUAAAUAUUAGUGGCAGAUGGUAUCAAUUAUCCCUUCUUAACAUGACUACCAUAUUUUUAGCCUCUGGAUCCAGAUUGAUAAAUGUAAGUGCAUGGACUCUUUCUCCCCUUCCUUUUAUUUUGUAAUUAAGACAUGUUAUAUUUGGAUUUCUUUGUCGUUUGAUUUUGAAUUUGUUUUUGCUUUUUUUAAAAAAAGAAGAAGAAUAUUUUACAUUAUUUUAAAGCACUUAAGCAUUGUUCUGAGAGAGGAGAAAGAAGAACUGAAGAAGCUUCUUGGAUGAGAAGCGAAAUAUAUUCAAAGAAAAACCAGAAAGUCCUAUUGCCUCUUGAAAAAGCACCUUUGAGACCACCAGGACCUGGCUGACUGAGAAUCUCCAUAGGCACUUGUGGUUUUGAUUGUCACAAGGAUAAGCCAAUAGAGCUGUAUUGACUGAUGUCACGGCAAUGUGAGCUGAAGUUCAGAGAUGGCUCUGAUUCAAGAGUUUUUAGGAUUCUGGAAGUCCUGAGGAAAAAUUUUCCUCUCAGUCUCUCCUCCUUUUCUUCUUGUUGCUUCCAGUGUCAACACAGCUCCCCCUCCAAACAUUGUCUUUGUUAUUUACAAUUAGUAAACUGGUGUGUAAGAGGAAAUGCUGAAUAAUAGAAUCAUUUUGGAGCUGAAUUUAAUUAUAUUCCUUGAAGAAGUGUAUGGUUUAAUUUUAAGAUUACAAAUGCGGAAACAUUUUUGGAAUGGAAGUCCCUCUGUAUUUGGGACUUGUAGCUACAGAACCUUUUGCACUCCCAAAAGUCCCCGCUUACCACCUCAAAGCUGAAGAAAUAUAAUUUGUAAUGGAAUUCACACAUCCAUAUUCAACUAUAAUAUGAUUGUUUGGUAUUAGCUGAG